CAUCCCGAGAACCACAAAUGUUUUGUUUUAUUUAGCGCGUAUUUAUUAUUGUAUAUUUGCCGCCAUGAAAAUCCUCUGCGAGGUACAGGUGGUAAACCGAAACACACAGGCCAACCGAACACCGAGGCCCGUCAAGUCCACACUGGCCAUUGGCUACAAGCAGAGCGCCCGGGAUGCCAACGGCAACACCAAGAAGGAGCUGGAAAUGGUGCUCUUCAGCGGCCAAAGCAAGACGGGCAGCCGAUACAAAGUGCGGGACAACAUUCACGCCGUGCACACCAAGUUCGUGUUGGACGGCAAGGCCACAAUUGGCUUCAAGCAGCCGGCGGAGAACCUGCUAAUCAAGUGCGACCCCAUACAGCUAAAGGGAUUCCUGCAGACCCUCAAGCUUGGUAUGGAGGGCAAGGAGGCUAUUAAUCUGAGACUGAACAUCGCUGCUGCCACGGCCAUACCUCAGAAGGCGCAACCCCAAGUGAAAAUGGUAAUCAGCAAGCGGAGCGAGUACCCCAUCAAGGGAUUCCCGCGCACCCUCAAGUCGCUGACCAUCAACAACAGCCAGCUGGUGAAGCUCAGCUUCGAGAUCUGCUCCCUGCGCAACCUCACGAAGCUGGACGUCAGUGGCAACAAGCUGACAAAGAUUCCUUCAGAGCUGGGUCGCCUGGCGCUGAGCUCGCUGCAUCUGGGGAGCAACUGCUUAGGCGAACUUAACGACUGGUGCUGGCUGCGCGGCACCAAGCUAAGCCAGUCCCUCGGUGAGUUGGACCUGUCAAGCAAUGGACUAACCCAUUUUCCGCCCCCGCUGGUAAAAUGUGAGCGUUUGGUGUCGCUUAAUUUGAACGACAACCAACUGACUCGACUGCCGUUCUCCAUCCGCCGGCUGCAGGCAUUAAGGAAGCUUCACGUGUGCAGCAACAAGUUGGAGUCGCUGCCCUCUGCUAUCGAGGACCUUCACAUCGAUCUGCUAGACGUAUGGGGCAAUUGCUUCAAAGCCUUUAACAGCGAGGAGGCCCAACAGUUGACUAAACGAACGUCCGGGAACAGCACACCGCAACCGUUGUGGCUGCAGGCGGCUCGGGCUGUUGCGAACUAUAAGUUGCCUCUGCCGGCCGGCUCCUUGCCCGCUGUUCUCAUUGAACUCAUCUGCGAGGCGCCCAAGUGCCUAUGCGGGCAGCUCUGUUACGCGCUCAGCAAAGAGGAUCUUCUCCAGCGCGUCGUCCAGCCGAAGUUCACCAACAUUAAGAACUUGACCUAUAGUCGUGAGCAUCAGAUCUACGCUGAUGUCGUCAUCUGCGGCCCCACAUGUAGUGCCUCGCAGCAGUUAAAGUCUCUGUUUAGUUUAGUAUUUCCCUGAUAGUAGCAGGUUCUAUUCUUUCCCGAAGUGAAGUCCUCUAAAUUUCUUUAAUUUUACCAUGAAUAUUUUUAUAAGUUCACAACAUAUUUUCAUUUUUCAUUUAAUUCAUUUUUUUAUUUAUAGUCUAUAUACUUGUAUCUAAGCUGCCAAUUAAAUCGAUUUUAGAAUUAAAAAAUUAAUGGAUUUCAAACUUUCUCAACCUAUCAGCAUGAGCAAGUAGGAAAAGUUUAAAAGAAAUAGUUUAGCUUCACUACAUACAUACAUAAGAGGAUAAAGUAUUGAUUUCGGGUUAUUCAGUGGCACAGUUUUACCCAUAUUGGCUAAAAAAGCGCUCUGGUGAGACCGGGCAACUCCUUGAAGGCGGUGUAGAACCUCCUUCCCGGCAAAUUUUCGCUGGCAUAAAGACAUUCACACGCACGCCUUGGUUGCUUACUUUGUUUUCGUAUUACAGGAUGCUCGUUGUUUUUAUUAUUAAAAGCUUCGUGCGUAUGUGACUUGCAUAAACGAUUUUUUUUAUCAGCCGGCACACCUACUCAACCCACAGUGCGUCCUUUUAUUUUCAAAUAACGAAUUCUUAGUACACUUUGUCUGGAAAUAGGGAUUAGUAUAGAGUUUAUGAGGUUCUAGGUAUUCAUAUUUAUUAAUCAUUUAAAUAUUUUACAAACUUUAAUUGA